GGCAGCUGCUAGGUUCGAUGUUUGAGCACAGAGCAGUUUUGCACGCACGCAAUCUCCUAUAUACUUAAUGGCAAUAUAUAUAUAGUGGCCUGUAUACCACCGUGAAUUGUUCUUGCCGAAUAGGCAACACUCGGUGCAAAGUGACAGUCCAACGAACGAUGCGAGCAAACGCCCGAGUCCUCGCGACGCAUAAUAUAUACAUUUCUCAUUAGCAAAAUAUUGCACGGCAGCUACGAGUGCAAAAAAUCGAUAGCAUAUAUACAAUUCCAUGUGUGUAUACAUGUAUAACCAAAUGCCGACUGGUGAGAGUUUACACACGCGUGAAUAACAACGCAUAUGAUAUGCCGAGCUCAGGACGUCGAAGAAAAAAUUCAGGCGGCCGUUGCCUUGUUAAAGCAGUUUAGUUUGGAAAUUUUAGUUUCCAAACGAUAGUUUUCAGUGUCUAUAAAAGCAAUAAACACCUCGUGCGGCAAUAACUAUGGCUGGGUUUUACUUCUGCAAUUUCGACUGUACUCACUCGGUUUGCUGUAAAAUUAUUUCAAGUAUCUAGUGAACUUCGAGAAGCCUUACUAAUUCAGCUCAAUUGAAGCUAUAAUAAAAGUUGCAUUUUGAAAAUUAUUGUAGUGCAAAUAUUAUGAUUUAAAGCAAAUAAGGGUCAGUAAUAAUCUCCUAUGGUCAAGUCUCACAAGCAAUAAUCGCUAGGGAAAAUUAAAACUCUAGUUUUAAAAACAAAUAUUUGGAAAAUAUUUAAAAGAAAUAGUUUAUUUAUGCAAUAAACCUUAUGGAAAAUAUUUGACAUUCUUCUUCUUCAGAAAGUUAAUUUUGGUAUUGACAAAAUGAAAGGUAUUAAGAGAGUUGCAAUAUUUUGUACUCUGAUGACAGUACUUCCAGCGUUUCUUGUGAUUUUACCAAUCUACUUAAGGAAGCAUGUAUUCAAGGAUAGAGAGUUCACUGUGAUAGAAUCUGAUAUUUUGGAUAUCACUUCAGGCAUUUCACCAAUAUUUUGUUCAGAACAUAGCCUUAAAAUGAAUGGCACUUUUGAUGCCUUUCAAAUUUCAGAACGUCCUGAAAAACCUUCUUUUCGUAAACAUAUAAGACUGAAAAAAAGUAUGACAUUACCAGAUGAUACAUUUGAGUAUUGGGGAUUUUAUCUUAAAAAAGAAGCUACUGUUAUCUUAUCAUUUUGUUCAAGAUUCAAAGGGGCUACUAUUCUGUUUGUAAAAGGAGAAAAGAAUCUAUCAACAUGUGGUAUGUUAGAUCACAAUAGGAAAAAGGCUGGUACUGUAGGAAUUUUAUCACCGCAGGUGAAAAUAACUUUCCAAGAAAGUGUGGUUGUUAGUUCAGGAGAAAAAUUCAACAAUGAUAUGCAAUUAAACAAUGAAUCUCAUGUACUGAAUCCUGGAAAUAUAUUAAGUCAAAAUACAAGUAAGGCUGCAGUAAAAGAACUGUUGCACAAUGACAAUGCUACUAAAGUUUUAGUCAAUACCUUUGGUGAAUAUUUGAAUAAAACACUCAAUGAAAUAAGUUUGAAACAAAGACAUUUAAAAAAGAGAAUGUUGAGGCUCGAAAUGCUUGAUGAAGAAAAUGAAAAAUUAAAAGAAUCAAAUGAUGAAGGAAAUUUAAUGAAUCAAACAGAUGAUUCUUUAAAAUACAAAAUCCGCUUAAACAUGUUAAAAAAACAAUUAAUGCUUGAUAGUGAAGGAGGUGAAAAAGAAGAAAAUAACCAUGCUAUGGAAGAAUCUGAUAAUGUUAAUAACAGAUUUAAAAGGCAAGGUAUCGUUCAUGGAGGAAAUGUUCCAAAGCAUGACACCAGUGAUGAAUCCUAUUCAAGUUUUGAAAAUGGCUUAGAUGAAUGUUUCGAGGGUAGAACUUUAAGUAAAUAUAAAUUUGAUGAUGUUGAUCAGUGCUUGGAUGUGAAUCAUCUCUUAUCAAAAGGAAAAAAACGUGCUCAGUUGUCUUAUGAUAUACCAGAAGAUGGCUAUUAUUAUUUUAUAUUUUAUAACAAUAAUGAUAUCGUCUCCAAUGAUAUUCAUGCUAUUUUUGAAAUUUACAAGCCGUCAUUGCUUCAUGAAAAUGUGACUCGAAGCUGCAUCAAUCAGACUGAAUGUACUUUCCAGUUAACUAUGACUUCUAGCGAUAUGGUCGUCGUUGAAGUGCCUAUCAAAGAUGGAAUUGAACAAGAGCUCGAUGACGUUUCAAAGCUUGUUUCAACUUGUGUGCCUAGAAUGGCUGUUUACGCAAUUUUCCCUAUCGCUAUUUUAUUUCUCAUCCUCGGAUGUGCUUUCAUGUGAAUACUGGUUAUUCACGUACAAAACGUAUAAAUAGUCAGUUUGUUGAGCAAAGACUUGAAAAACUUUUUAUACUUGGUGCAGCACGUGUUCAAUUCUUGUUGUUGAACGUUGCAAUAAGAUUGGUUCAAUUUCGAUCCAAUUUUUUGAAUAAAAUUAAAAAUAAGUAUAGAAUAUAUUUUAUAUCACUUGUACAAAAAACAGAUAUAUUUAUGUAAUUGUAAGUUUAUUAGUGUUGUAGUUUUUUCUGAUACUUUAUAAUAUAUCAAUA